AUGCCACUUACACCUCGCAAUUCGUUAUAUGUACCGGCACUUGAAAUGAAAAUAUCCAACGAUGUGGAAAACGUGUCGCACUUCCUGCAGGAGUACACCUACAAAAAAAUCACGCCCUGCGACGUCUGCUCAGAAGUACUCAGAGGUCAUACGAGACAAGGUCUUCGAUGUAAAACUUGUAAGGCGAACGCUCACGUGGAUUGCGCCAGCCGGCUUCCUCGUUGUCAGAGCAAGGCGCGCUUACUUCGCCGACAGCGAAGCACCUCGGAGAUAGAGCCGACGGUGGAGGAUCAAAGUGAGUUUAUUCUUUGUCCUUUUACCAAUUUGUAUCAUGAUGACUUAUUUGUAGUAUUUGAUAAAUAUAAGGGUCUACAAAAAUUCGUAGUAAAAGUUGUAUCCUGGUGA